CGGGCUGCAAGCGUCCCUUGCCUUCUUGCUUUUUAUCUCCCACCCCCCACCCCGGGGCAUUCUAGCUGUAGAUCAUAGGAGCAAGGACCAGGGAGGGGACCAGGGCGGGGACCCAGGCGGGACCCAGGCGCGCCCAGUUCUGCGCCCCGCCCGCCACGUCUCCUCCCGGCCAUGCCACCGAGGCCGCCCCCUCGCGGGCAGCGCGGGCGCCGGGUGCUCGUUCUCGGCGGCAGCGGCGGCGGCGGCGGUGGCGGCGGCGGGCCCGGGUUGCCAUGGUGACCGGCGGCAGCCACAGCAGGGCCGGCCCCAGCGCCAGCGCCGCGGCGGCUCGGCAGGGCGCAGUGUGUGGGUGAGCGCGGCCGGAGCGGGCGCGGCCCGGCCUCAGCAUGGAGGACGGCUUCUCCAGCUACAGCAGCCUGUACGACACCUCCUCGCUGCUGCAGUUCUGCAACGAUGACAGCGCAUCUGCUGCCAGCAGCAUGGAGGUAUCAGACCGCAUCGCCUCUCUGGAGCAGCGCGUCCAGAUGCAGGAGGAUGACAUUCAGCUGCUCAAGUCAGCGCUGGCCGACGUGGUUCGGAGGUUGAACAUCACGGAGGAGCAACAGGCCGUGCUUAACAGGAAAGGACCUACCAAAGCGAGACCACUGGGGCAGACCCUGCCGUUAAGAACCACCGUCAACAAUGGCACCGUGUUACCAAAGAAACCCAGUGCCUCCCUCCCAUCCCCCUCGGGGUCCAGGAAAGAAACGGUUGUGCCGGUAACCAAAAGCAUCAAUAGGACCAGCUCUUCCGAACGAGUGUCUCCAGGCGGCCGGAGGGAGAGCUCCGGGGACUCCAAAGGAAGCCGGAACCGCACAGGUUCUACCAGCAGCUCCUCCAGCGGCAAGAAGAACAGUGAGAGCAAACCCAAGGAGCCUGUAUUCAGUCCAGAAGAGGGAUAUGUAAAAAUGUUUCUUCGAGGCCGGCCCGUCACCAUGUACAUGCCCAAAGACCAAGUGGACUCUUACAGUUUGGAAGCAAAAGCUGAAUUACCAGCAAAGCGCCUGAAACUGGAGUGGGUCUACGGGUACCGGGGGCGAGACUGUCGCAAUAACUUGUACUUGCUCCCGACCGGGGAGACCGUGUACUUCAUUGCGUCUGUCGUGGUGCUUUAUAACGUGGAGGAACAGCUGCAGAGGCAUUACGUGGGCCACAAUGACGACGUCAAGUGCCUAGCAGUCCAUCCUGACAGGAUCACCAUAGCAACGGGACAAGUGGCGGGCACAUCUAAGGAUGGAAAGCAACUGCCGCCACAUGUGCGCAUCUGGGACUCUGUGACACUGAACACUCUGCAUGUCAUCGGAAUCGGCUUUUUUGACCGGGCUGUCACCUGCAUCGCAUUCUCAAAAUCUAACGGAGGAAGUCAUCUCUGUGCUGUGGAUGACUCCAAUGACCACGUGCUGUCCGUGUGGGACUGGCAGAAAGAAGAGAGAUUGGCCGACGUGAAGUGUUCGAACGAAGCGGUAUUUGCUGCGGACUUCCACCCCACAGACACCAACAUCAUAGUCACCUGUGGGAAGUCACACCUCUACUUCUGGACCCUGGAGGGAAAUUCCCUUAACAAGAAGCAAGGGUUGUUUGAGAAACAAGAGAAGCCAAAGUUUGUCCUUUGCGUGACGUUUUCUGAAAACGGCGAUACCAUUACUGGAGAUUCAAGUGGCAACAUAUUGGUGUGGGGAAAAGGUACAAAUCGGAUAAGCUAUGCAGUUCAAGGGGCCCACGAGGGUGGCAUUUUUGCACUUUGUAUGUUGAGAGACGGAACGCUGGUGUCCGGAGGAGGGAAGGACCGGCGACUCAUUUCCUGGAACGGAAACUAUCAAAAACUUCACAAAGCAGAGAUCCCGGAGCAGUUUGGCCCAAUACGGACAGUGGCUGAGGGGAAGGGCAACGCCAUCUUAAUAGGCACUACUAGAAACUUCGUCCUGCAAGGCACCUUGUCAGGGGACUUCACACCCAUCACUCAGGGUCACACUGAUGAGCUUUGGGGGUUGGCCAUCCAUGCCUCCAAACCUCAGUUCUUGACCUGCGGACAUGACAAGCACGCCACUCUCUGGGACGCUGUUGGUCACCGGCCAGUCUGGGACAAAAUCAUCGAGGAUCCAGCUCAGUCCUCUGGUUUUCAUCCUUCAGGGUCUGUGGUUGCAGUCGGGACACUGACUGGGAGGUGGUUUGUGUUUGACACGGAAACGAAGGACUUGGUCACCGUCCACACCGAUGGAAAUGAGCAGCUGUCCGUGAUGCGGUACUCUCCAGACGGGAAUUUCUUAGCAAUCGGCUCCCAUGACAACUGCAUCUAUAUAUACGGGGUUGCUGACAACGGGAGGAAGUACACGAGGGUCGGCAAGUGUUCCGGCCAUUCCAGCUUCAUCACCCACUUGGACUGGUCCGUGAACUCCCAAUUCCUGGUGUCAAAUUCUGGGGACUACGAGAUCCUCUACUGGGUUCCAUCUGCCUGUAAGCAAGUCGUGAGUGUGGAAACCACGCGGGACAUCGAGUGGGCCACCUAUACCUGCACCUUGGGAUUCCAUGUCUUUGGGGUAUGGCCAGAGGGCUCCGAUGGAACAGACAUCAACGCCGUCUGCCGGGCCCACGAGAAGAAGCUCCUGUCCACAGGAGAUGACUUCGGCAAAGUGCACCUCUUCUCGUACCCGUGCUCCCAGUUCAGGGCUCCAAGCCACAUCUACAGUGGACACAGCAGCCACGUCACCAAUGUGGACUUCCUCUGUGAAGACAGCCACCUUAUCUCCACGGGUGGGAAAGACACAAGCAUCAUGCAGUGGCGGGUCAUUUAGUCCCCGUGGGAACCCGAGGAGACAGACUCACGUUCCGCUUGGUCACUGUGAUUUCUGUUUUGUCUACAGACUCUUAACAAACCUCAGGAAAACUGUCCCUCUACCAGUUACCUUAGUUGGGGAGCCAGUGCGUGUCAUACCAGAUAAGCGGUUUUGCGUCCACUUUUGUUAUAUAGGGCAGGAUAGAAUGCAUGUUGGGUAAAGGAAGUUCCCAAGGUUUACACGGCAUCAACAGAAGGGACUGGUGUAUCCUUAUAGACACUUUUCUAUGAACUCUUCAAAAAUGGUCACAGAAUGCCUUUUAAAAUAUUGUAUAUAGUCUUCACUGCUUCACCUUGCUAAGUCAGAUAUUUAUGAUAAUGAAGAACGGAACUGGGGUCGUUGUUGACUAAUUGGUCCUAAAAGGAUAAAUUAUGUAACUGAUUUGCCCAGCUGAAUCAGGAAUGCAAAUGCCAGACUUUUCCUUGGCCAUGUAACUAAAAUCCCAUUAACUCCUCCCUCUGGGAGGCUGGCAAGAAAGGUGCUGUGUUCUCCCUGGUCAAGCAGUUUGUACUACAGAACCCCUGAGCUUCCAUGGGCGUAUGGGUGCUUCCAUGCUCUGGUUAGACUGUCCUGCCUGGGGACACAGCCAGUUUCUUCAGCACCUCCACAAACUGCACCCCAAUUCUCUUCAUGCGCCCUGAUUCAUGGCGAGAUAUUUAGCCACCACUCUCUGUGUAUUAAUGGCAUGAUACGGUAUUGUCCUCGUAUAGGGUUUAACAACUUACGAUAAAAUGCCCAAGGCUGAGCCUUGCUGUGUGUGCUCUAGACACUACAUUUGUACCCAACCAAGUAGGUCAAAAUGGAGAGAGAGUCUCUUCAGAGUGCAGCACCUCUGAGGCUCUCUGGGUGUAAGAUGGUCUCCUUCACUGACUCUUGUGCACGGACAGCACGCAGCAUACAGACUGAAACUAUGCUCUGACAGUAGAACGUAGGCAUCCUAAGGUGUCAAGAGGGCCUUACCCUUUGUGUGACAGAUUGAAUUGAUUGUUUACAUUGGGGACUGUAUCUUGGAUUUUUAAAGAGAAGAAUCACAAACAGACGUAAGGACGGAUGGUGAGAUUUCUUUUUGUAAACUUGUUUAAGCAAGUAAGUGAGUUGAGUUAUCUGAACUCUAUAGCACUGGUUGUUUACGGUGAUGAAGGACGACAUCGAAGACGUACUCCUUGCCAUCUCUAGCCUGCCGUGAGGGGACAGGGCGCCAGAAAAUAACGUGACUCGAGAUGAAGCUGUUUGUAUGUAUCCUUAUCAAAUAUAUUCUAUAAGGAAAUAAAAUCUGAAAAGUGGAUUUCCUACUGA